AUGACCGAGCCCAAGCCGAAGUCGGGCUUUCGGAAGCUGAAGAAAACGAUGUCCCGGGCCUUCAGCCUGUCGCGCACGAGCAGCACGAGCGGGACCGGCUCGGUCGGAGCGAGUGCGCGGGACGGCCCUCUGACAGGACGCGCCGAGUCCAUGCACAGCGCGGUGGAAACGGCCAGUCUGUUGGGGGACACGGAUUGCGGUGAGAGCCACGAGCCUGUCGACCCGCCAUCUACCCUCACGCUCAUGCGGACGGAUACUCAGGAUUCGGGGGUGGUGGGGUCCGCUGCCGGACCUCUGCAACCUCAACAGCUCAAGGAGCUGGACAGGCUGCGCCAAGAGAACGCGCGUCUCCAGGACACGCUGUCGGCGGCCAAGGCCGCCAUUGCCGAGCUGGAAGGCAGCACGGAGGCGCUGCAGUCCCGCGCCGCGGUGGGACAGGAGCUGAACUCCGCCACCAACCGCGUGCUGGUGGACCUGACGGAGCAGACCGAGGCACUGCGCCUGGAGCGCGCACGGCUGGAGGCGGAGCUGGCCGCGCGGCAGGCGGAGGUCGAGGCCCUGGCCGCCUCCUCGGCCGCAGUGUCGGCGGGCGAGCUAUCGCUGCAAGAGGAGGCCAACGAGGAGGCCUUCCGCAGCCAGGAGCAGCUGGCGGCCCUGCGCGCGGAGCUUGACUUUGCCGCCGCGCGCGAGGGCGCGCUGCGGGCCGACGCUGCGGCGGAGGCAGAGUGCGAGACGCUGCGCGCCGCGCUGCAGGCGGCCCGCGACGAGCAGGCCGUGACGCUGGCGGCGCUGCAGGCCAGGGACGCGGAGCUGGAGGCCCUACUGGCGAGCGAGGGGGAGGCCAAGGCUGAGGCUAUGAAGGCGGCCUUCGACCUGGAGGCGGCCGUGACCGACGCUCGCCGCGCCGAGGCCGAGGCGCGGGAGGAAGGCGCGGCGCGGAAGCGGGUCGAGACCGCGCACGCCACCGCCUUGCUGGAGGUCAUGGAGCUGACGGCCGCGGCCGACGGCGCGGCCGCGGAGCGCCAGGGCCUGGCGCGGGAGCUGGCCGCGGCACGGUGCGAGGGCGAGGACCUCGCCGGCCGCCUGGCGCAGGCGGACGCGGAGAAGGCGAGUGCCAGCGCGCUGGAGGGGGAGCUCCUGCUCCUGCGAGCCCGCAUGCUGCGCGUGCUGGACAACGCGGGCCUGCCGCUCAGCGGGGAGGAGGGCGAGGAGGACACGCGCACCAUCGCGGCGGUGCGGCCGGGGGCGCUGCGGCACCGCCUGCCGCCGCUGCCGCUGUCGGCGCGGCUGCACGCGCGCAGCAAGCUGGCGCUGCAGCCGGCGACGGCCCAGGAGGGCAAGGCGGCGUUCGAGGUGGCCGGGGCCGAGCUUCCCGCCACCCCCUCCCCUCGCCAGCGCACCCACCCGCUGCUCAGCCUGGGGCUGAAGGUGGCGGUGAGCGUGGGCAUGGCGGCCCUAGGCGCCGCCGUGACCCUGCAGGGGGACGGUGGCGGGCGGCAGGAGGAGCGGAGGGCGGGGCGACGGAACUCGAGUUCCGAAGCCUGA